AUGCCCGACACGGACGAGGUCCGCAUCGUUGGAAAGGCACUUGAGGGAAAGAACCUGAGGUCCCUUCUUGGGUGUGAGUCACCGACGCGGGUACACAUCGAACACUGCACUGGGGUCUGUGAUUUGCAAUUGUUUGCAAACCUACCGUCAUUGCAGGAAAUACAUGUGGAAGGGGAUGUUGAUGUGCAAAACUUUGCCUCCCUGAGUCAGCUCCCUUUGCUGCGGAAACUACUGCUAAGUGCUGUAAGCCUUAAAGAUGGUGACUUGCGUGACUUGGGACUCAUCCAGACACUGGAGGAUCUCUCUCUUUGCAACUGUGCCCAGAUAAAAGGUUGGGAAAGCAUUGGUCACCUCCCACGACUACGCUCACUUGAUUUAAGCUUCACUGGGAUCGGAGACGAAGAGCUGAGGGACCUCGCAGUGAGUCGAAGUCUCGUUAAGGUUGAUCUCGUCGACUGCAAGCAGCUGACGGAUGUGUCGCCGUUGGCAAAUAUCGAGACUCUUGAAGAGGUGAGCCUCGGCUACUGUGCAUGUGUGACAGGCCUUGGCGCUCUCGUCGGGCUGCCUAAGCUGCGUCACCUUUACUUGUGGUGUAGUGCCAUCACGGAUGAGUGCGUAAGGGAGCUCGGUGCGAGUCAAAGUCUUGUGAAGCUCGAUCUCGGAGGUUGUAAGCAGCUCUCGGAUGUAUCCCCAUUGGCGCGAAUCCAGACACUUGAGGAGAUCAACCUUCGAGUGAGCGAGGAGGUUUCUGUUGUCGCUGACCUUGGUAAGUUGCCUGUACUGCGCUCAAUAUAUUUGGCCCACACUGCAGUCACGGACGAGGGGCUGAGGGGGCUGGGUGCCAGUCGAAGUCUCGUCGAGAUUGCUCUCGAUAACUGCAUGUUGCUGACAGAUGUGUCCCCGUUGGCAUCCAUUGAAACACUUGAAGAGGUGAGCCUUGCGGAUUGUGAUGGGGUGACGGCCGUUGGCGCCCUUGGCAGGCUGCCUGCGCUGCGCUCGCUUGAUCUCUGCCGUUCUGGCAUCACCAACGAGGGUCUGGUGGGCCUCAGCGCGAGUCGCAGUCUCGUGAAGCUUGAGCUCAAGCGCUGUAGAUAUCUGACUGAUGUAACUUCUCUUGCGUCUAUUGAGACUCUUCAAGAGGUGAAUCUUCGCGGAUGCGAAUAUGUGAAUGCUUUCGGUGUUCUCGGGAGGAUGGCAAUGCUGCGCGUGCUUAAUUUGAGCUACACCGCACUCACGGAUGAUGACUUGAGGGGAAUCAGCGCGAGUCGCACUCUCGUGAGGAUUGAUUUCGGAGAGAACAAGCUUAUAAGAGAUGUGACUCCUCUUGCAUCCGUUUCGACACUGGAGGAGGUGAACCUUGCGGAUUCUGUGGGUGUGACGGGUGUUGGUGCCCUUGGCGCUUUGCCUGCGCUGCGCGUGCUUGAUUUAAGCCGCCUCUCUGUCUCAGACGACGACCUGAGGAGGCUCAGCGCGAGUGGCAGUCUCGUGAAUCUUGAUCUUGAUCACUGCGAACUUCUUACAGAUGUGACUCCUCUUGCAUCUAUUGAGACGCUUCGAGAGGUGAGCCUUUGCGGUUGCAAAAAUGUGAGGGGAUUGUCUGCAAUUGGGGGCUUGCUGCGACGACAUUCGUCUGAUUUGGUCUCAUCUGACACCGUGGACGAAGAAUCCAUGUGA